AUGGAGCUGCCGGGCAAUGGCUGGGUCGCGCCCUCGACGCCGAAGGAGACGACGCCGCUGCGCGGCGUGAACGUGACCAUGUUCGUGCUCAACUACCUGAACCGCGACGACGACGACUGCGGCGACCCGGACAGCGUCUACGUCGCGCGCUGCGGGUCGCCCGUGUCCGCCUUCGUCUUCCACGCGCUCGAGUUCUGGGCGACGGCGGCCUACGCCAUGGUCGAGGCCUUCGCGCUCGUCUACACGCCGCGCGCGCUGUCGUCGAUCUCGAACCGGCCGAACCUGCUGAAGCUGCUCCUCUUCUUCGACGUCGUCGCCACCUUCGUGCCCGCGCUGCUCGUGACCCUGAACCUCGAGGCCUUCGAGGUCGCGAGCCACGAGAUCGAGUACUGCAACGAGCUCACGAUGGCCUUCGCGAAUCUCGUGCUCCUCGCGUCGCUC